GCGGGCUCCACUCCGGCAUGGCGCACCCGCGGAUCUCGGCCCAGCUGCCCCCCGACAUCGAUCCCACCAAGGCGCCCGUGGCCUUCGGCCGCCGAGGUCUCCCCAAGCUCAACGAGGAGCUGCAGCACCCCGAGCUGCUGACGCGGCAGCGGGCCCUGAUGGCACUCUGCGACCUGGUGCACGACCCGGAGAACGCUUACCAAGCCAUCGGCCUGGGUUUUCUAGAUAACUUGAAAAAUCUGCUUCUUGAUGAAGAUGAAACUGUGCGACAAAAAACUACAGAGGUCCUAUACAUAAUGGCAACACACAGCAUUGGCAGGACGAAUUUUCUAGAACAUGGAGUCAUCCCAGCACUGGCACAGCUUUUGGAUGAUCCUGUUGAUAUCUGUCGGUGGAACAUGCAUUAUGCGCUGAAACUACUAUCAGAAACACCCACAGGUCAGCUUAAUUAUUAUACAAAAAUGUAACUAUCUUUGAUCUCUUUAAAGCUUUGGGUCUUUCAAAUUGUGUUUUAUAUGUGUGCAAAUGGGUGUGAUAGUCCCAAACAUUUACACUGAUGCCAUGUCUACACCGCUGCACAGAAACCGUCAGAAGAAUAAUUUGGGGUUCCAACUCA